GGUUUGCUUGGCAACAUGAACCCGACAGUGCUGUUCAGCGGAUGGUCAGAUAUUUCUCCUCUUUCGGCUUGACAAAGCCAAGUGUGUGAUAGCUGUCACCGCGCCUUGGACAAAUAAAACUUGCCGUGGCGUAAAGCAUUCAUUUGAGGACAACCACUGACCUCAGCCCACGGUACCUUAUUAGUGGCUCCCCCCAAAUGUAAUGAACUACUGGGGCUAACUGCUAGGCUAGUAACUUGUUAGCUGUGGUCAUUUAUAGGACAUUGACUCUAAUGCAAACUAAUUGUUGUAGUUGUUUUUUUUACAUGUUGUUUAAGACGUAUCGUCUCAUCUGAGCAGGCGGCAUCAUUUGGCGCACAAGGCUAGCACGACACUAGCGUGAUUAGCUGUCACCAUUGUUGAGGGGGCCGCAGCCUCCGCCGCCGGCGGCGGCUGAUGCAGCGAUGCGGCACCGUUGGUUGUUCCUUGGAGCUUGCGGCUGGGUGCUGCUCAUCCUCGUUUUCGUCACCAAGAUCAUUAGCCACCGAGCCGUUGAUGAGUAUGAAGAGAGGCUUGGUGGUCAGAGCACGACUGUUAUGGGACACACAGCGAGGAAGCUUCCACUGCCCACUGCAGAAAUAACGGUUUCACAGCAACCAGACCAGUCCUCAGCUGCCCCUACAAUGGCUGAAUGGGACUCCGUUGUUGAAGAGCGACUCCAACUGCUUUCCACUGUAUGCAAGAACAGCACCCUCAGGAAUUUGACUCACAUCCCCAUCAGCAAGUUUGUCCUGGACCGCAUAUUUGUCUGUGAUAAGCACAACAUCUUGUUCUGCCAGACCCCUAAAGUGGGUAACACACAAUGGAAGAAGGUCCUAAUCACUCUCAACGGAGCCUUCUCCGGUGUGGAGGACAUCCCGGAGUAUCUUGUCCACGAUCACGAGAAGAACGGCCUGCCUCGCCUCUCGUCACUGACGCCACAAGAAAUUACACACAGGUUAAAGACUUACUUCAAGUUUUUCAUCGUGAGGGAUCCAUUCGAACGUCUGAUCUCUGCCUUCAGUGACAAGUUCAUAAAGAACCCCCGCUUCGAGCCUUGGUACCGGCAUGACAUCGCUCCGGCCAUCAUUCGCAAGUACCGCAAAAGGCAUCGUGACGGUGACGUUGCGGGGUCCGGCUUGCACUUUGAGGAUUUUGUCCGUUAUCUGGGGGAUGUCGACGGCCGGCGACGCAUGGAUCGCCAGUUCGGGGACCACAUCAUUCACUGGAUGACAUACACAGAGUUGUGCGCGCCUUGUGACAUCCCUUAUAAUGUCAUAGGCCACCAUGAGACACUAGAACAAGAUGCCGGCUACAUACUAAAGAGAGCGGGCAUUGAGCGCCUGGUGUCCUACCCAGCUAUCCCUCCUGGCAUCACAAGUUACAACAAGACCAAGAUCGAGCAGUACUUCUCAGGAAUUAGCAAACGGGACAUCAGGCGUCUGUACGCACGCUACCAGGGGGACUUUCAUUUAUUUGGAUACCCGACACCUUACUUCCUACUCACCUGAUGUGAAUUAUAGUGUUAAUUCAGAAUUAGUUCCAAGUCUUUGAGGCUGAUUGUGUGUCUCACAACUGGCUUAAUUUGUAUCUAACAAGUGCAGCAUCAGAAACUAAAUCUUUUAGUGUCAUAGAUGAAGAGCAGGCAAGCUGUGGCUCCAGAGCCUUGUGUGGCUUUUUUCACCAUUUUGCUGUGAAUUUAAAUUUGUUACUAGGUAACUAGGUAAAGUCCAUUUGGACUGGGAGAACUGGCCCUCCCAAUCCAAGUUAAUUGGAUGUCUAUUAUGUCACAGUCUAUGGGCAUAGUGAAUGAUCACAAAAAUCCCUCAAAUUAGAUUGUUGUAGUUGCAAUGGCAAGCUUGUUUCAGUACACGCAUGGAUCGCAAGAUCUUAGCAUACCUACAGUGUAUCACAAAAGUGAGUACACACCUCGCAUUUCUGCAGAUAUUUAAGUAUAUCUUCAUGGGACAACCCUGACAAAAUGACACUUUGACACAAUGAAAAGUAGUCUGUGUGCAGCUUAUAUCAUAAAGUUAAUUUAUUUUCCCCUCAAAAUAACUCAGAAUAUAACCAUUAACAUCUAAACCUCUGGCAACAAAAGUGAGUACACCCCUUAGAAACUACAUCCCUAGAUGUCCAAAUUGAGUACUGCUUGUCAUUUCCCCCUUUUUAUUUAUUUAUUUUUUUUUAUUUUUUUUAUUUUUUAAGUUUUUUCAGUUUUCCCAUUUUUUUAGUGCAGCUCUCACACUUCCUCAUACUGGUCACUGAAAGUUCCAACAUGGCACCACAUGUCAAAGAACUCUCUAAGGAUCUUAAAAGACGUAUUGUUGCGCUGCAUGAAGAUGGCCAAGGCUACAAGAAGGUUGCCAACACCCUGAAACUGAGCUGUAGCACAGUGGCUAAGAUCAUCCAGCGUUUUAAAAGAGCAGGGUCCACUCAGAACAGGCCUCGGGUUGGUCGUCCAAAGAAGCUGAGUGCAUGUGCUGAGCGUCACAUCCAAAUGCUUUCUUUGAAAAAUCGUCGCAGGAGUGCUGUCGCAUUGCUGCAGAGAUUGAAGAGGUGGGGGGGUCACUAUUACUGCUCAGACCAUACACUGCACUCUACAUCAAAUUGUUGUGCAUGGCUGUCACCCCAGGAGGAAGCCUCUUCUGAAGACAGUACACAAGAAAGCCAGCAAACAGUUUGCUGAAGACAUGUCAACAAAGGACAUGGAUUACUGGAAUCAUGUCCUAUGGUCUGAUGAGACGAAGAUUAAUUUGUUUGGUUCCGUUGGUCUCAAGCAUGUGUGGCGGCGACCAGGUGAAGAGUACAAAGAUAAGUGUGUCAUGCCUACAGUCAAGCAUGGUGGUGGGAAUUUCAUGGUCUGGGGCUGCAUGAGUGCUGCAGGUGUUAGUUAGUUACAUUCCAUUGAGGGAAACAUGAACUCCAAUGUGUACUGUGAAAUACUGCAGCAGAGCAUGAUCCCCUCCCUCCAGAAACUGGGUCGCAGGGCAAUGUUCCAGCAUGACAAUCACCCCAAACACACCUCCAAGAUGACCACUUCUUUAUUGAAGAGGCUGAGGGUAAAGGUGAUGGACUGGCCAAGCAUGUCUCCAGACUUGAACCCAAUAGAACAUCUUUGGGGGAUCGUCAAGCGGAAGUUGGAGGUGCGCAAAGUCUCAAAUAUCCGGCAGCUCCGCAACAUCGUUAUGGAGGAGUGGAAGAGCAUUCCAGUGGCAACCUGUGAGGCUCUGGUCAACUCCAUGCCCAGGAGAGUAAAGGCAGUUCUGGAUAAUAGCAGUGGCCACACAAAAUAUUGACAGUUGACAUGUUGUAUGUUAAUAUUAACAACUUUCACUAAGGGCGUACUCACUUUUGUUGCCAGGGGUUUAGAUAUUAAUGGCUAUAUUUUGAGGGGAAAAUAAAUUAACUCUACUGUAUUAUAUAAGUUGCACACAGACUACUUUUCAUUGUGUCAAAGUGUCAUUUUGUCAGUGUUGUCCCAUGAAAAGAUAUACUUAAAUAUCUGCAGAAAUGCAAGGGGUGUACUCACUUUUGUGAUACAUUGUAUAUCCAAGUGAUCUUUCUUUUAAUUCUUAAAUAGAUUGUAUCAAUUUUUGAAUACUGCAGAUGAUACGGUUGAAUGGUAAUAAAGUAAAUAGGCCAAGAGUCUUUUAUGAUUCCUUCAGUUCUGAUGCAUUCUGACUUUGCAAUGUUACAUCUCCAUGAUGGAAUUUUUGUAGCACUCUUAUGAGUUUUAGAGGGAUACGUUAACACGCAGUAUUAGGAUAAUUUUGUGUAGUUUUGUGCUGUGGAAAAAUGAACACAACCAGCUUGUCCCUUCGGUUGUGUGUAGGGCUGGGCAAAUUUUACGAUCGAAGUAGAUCUUGGUGAUCCAAAAGUGAGCUGUAAAGCUAAAGACACAUAGCAAAGACAUUUACUCAUAUUAUGCCAAAAAUACAAAAUACUGUUCAUUUUUGAUUGCCUGGUAGCUUAAUGCUAGCAUACAAGGGAAUUCCCCUUACUUGUAAAAAUAUGCAUCGCAUUUGCAAUGGAUAUUCACACAUGAAUGUCUCUGUAGCUUCCAUUGACCAGAAAUACAAUGACUCUCACAGGCAUAUUCUCUUUGUACACUCUCAAAAACAAACUUAUGUAAACAAAGUAUUUUUGCAAAAUGCAGAGUAUUAAGUUCAGAUGUGAUUGUUUUACUCUCCGAGUUUUUAAUAUUUUCAUUGCAGAUUCUUAUAAACUAUGGAAAAAAGUAAUAAAUAAUC